GAGAACCCGUACCUGUGCAGCGAUGAGUGUGAUGCUUCCAACCCAGACCUGGCCCACCCGCCGAAACUCAUGUUUGACAGCGAGGACGAAGGGCUGGCCACAUACUGGCAGAGCGUGACGUGGCGCCGGUACCCGGAGCCGCUGCUGGCCAACAUCACGCUGUCCUGGAACAAGAGCAUCGAGCUGACGGAUGACAUUGUGAUAACCUUCGAGUAUGGCCGACCCACCAUCAUGAUGCUGGAGAAGUCGCUGGACAACGGGAGGACUUGGCACCCGUACCAGUAUUACGCAGAUGACUGCAUGGAGGCCUUCAGCAUGCCAGCACGGAGGGUCCGGGACCUCUCCACCACCAGUGCCAACAGGGUCCUCUGCACAGAGGAGUAUUCCCGCUGGGCGGGCUCCAAAAAAGAGAAGACUGUGCGGUUCGAGGUGAGGGAUCGCUUUGCCAUCUUUGCUGGCCCUGACCUCAAGAACAUGGACAACUUGUACACCCGGCUGGAGAGCGCCAAAGGGCUCAAGGACUUCUUCACCGUGACCGACCUGCGGAUGAGACUGCUGAGACCGGCCCUGGGGGGCACCUACGUGCAGAGGGAGAACUUGUACAAGUACUUCUAUGCCGUCUCCAACAUUGAAGUCACCGGCAGGUGUAAAUGCAACCUCCACGCUAACCUGUGCACCUUCAAAGAGGGCAGCCUUCAGUGCGAGUGCGAGCACAACACCACGGGGCAGGACUGCGGGAAGUGCAAGAAGAACUUUCGCUCCAGGUCGUGGCGAGCGGGAUCCUAUCUGCCUCUCCCCAACGGGUCCCCCAACGCAUGUGCAGCUGCAGGCUCAGCCUUUGGCA